AUGGAUCUUCUACUCCGCAGGAGUUUAAAUAGAGAAAGCGAAGGAUAUGUAUUUGUUGUGGUUGUCGGUAAAGCCAAAGAGGAGUGGCCUUAUCGAAGUCUAACAAGGGAAGAGAAGAGAAUAUGUCUACAUGAAAACAACAGGAUGGUCAUACAAGAAUGCAACUUAUCUAAUACGGGUCUAAUCUACGUGAAUAACACGGCAUGUGCUGCAACGCUGCUUUAUCGGAAACGAAGGAAUGCUCGUCUUCUCACGACUACUCCAAAUCUUGCGGAGUUGAUGAGGGAGAAUCGUGUAAACCGUCUUCGUGGAUUGAUAGAGCAGCUUAUACCCGAAUUUGGUCUUCGACCUGGACGAGGAUGCGAAAAUGUUGUGGAUCUAGAUGAGUUUAGUGAAUUUAUAUAUCAUCCACUCCGCGACAGCACUAAGCGUCGCUAUUUGCUACAUCGAGAUAUCUCAAAUGGUGCGGAGAUUUUUCCCGUUAAUGUGUACUCGGAUACAGAAAAUUGCAUGAAACCAGAACCAUUUGAGUACAUUUCUGCGAAUGACUACACUGUAUUCCGAGAAAAAGCCACUUCGAAGCACGAUGAGCACCUUUUUAUGGUCCAAUGCGACUGCAGUGAUUUGAUAUGUGGCAGCGGAUGUGCUUGCCGAAGUAUGAAUGACAAACUUACACCUUGUACCAUUAUGGGUGACGGGCGUGUUUUCUUGAACUCUGAUGCCACAUUUUUCAACAUGUUGAUAGUGGGAUGUGGAAACAAAUGUUCAUGCAGAGGACAGUGUAGAAAUACCCUUAGUGGUACAUCCUUGCCAUCUCCAUUCAAGUUCGAGAUCUUUCGCAGGAGUGACGAUGUCGGUUUUGGCCUACGUACACUAAGUAACAUACCACAAGGCUGCGCAGUACUCCAGUUUUGCGGCGAAAUCCUCGACCAAAAAACUAUGACGAAACGAGGGCCUGAGUCAUUGGACUACGCUUUCUGCCUACAAUCGUUGGAAGAAACCGAAAUUUAUGAAAAGAUCGCAUUCGCCAGAAAUGUUAAGUGUGAAGCGUUUAGCGCAUUCAACAACGUCGUCUACAUCGACCCCACGAAAAAGGGAAACAUCGCGCGUUUCAUUUCCCACGGGUGUUUCCCCAAUCUUACAAUAUUGAGAUACGCUGAGAACGACAUGCGGCUUUCUCGUGCUCGAGCGAUUCUCUUCGCUUCGCAGCCCAUACUUGGUGGGUCUGAAUUGUUUUUCGACUACGGGGGUUGGUACCUGUCACGAGCUGGGUUCAGGUGUCGAUGUGGUACAAUGUGGUGUGAUAGCGUUAGAAAACGAUGGCGUUCUGCGUAUCCGACUCACGAGGAGAUAACAAAGAAGACGCUCGCAUAUUUCAAGUAUUUGGAAAAACGUAUGAAAGAAUACGAGUUCAAAGCAAAGCGAUAUCUCCGAACAACAGGAAUAAUUCGACCUGAAUAUGACGACCUGGAUGAAUCGGAUGCAAAUCAGCCGCGGACAUCUCGCAUUGAUCCAGCAUGUGUCCACCGACGAGAUGGCGAGAAAAUGCCAGUGGCGGUGCUUCCUUUCGAUUGGGCUCCAUUCAAGAAGAACUGCGACGCAAACGCGCUGCGAGAGAAUCAACUCGUGAUGGAUCGCGACCAGCUACGGGGCUACCGACGACACAUAUUUUGCAUUUGUCGCAAUUGCGGUUGCUAUCCUCACCCACCAUACUAUACUGGGACUUUUUUCUCGGACACUUGCUUUGAAGGGAUGAGCAAGGAGAACGGGCUUGGGGAGGCCCGCGAAACUCCCUGUUUGGGUGUUAGUCAACCUAUAUCAAAGGCAUUACCUGAUGCUCGUGAUUUGAGGCUUACGGCACAACUUGUCGAAUGCCUUAAAACUUUUAAUUUAUUCGAAACUGAUGAGGAGAUGCAUGCCAGAAUUGAAGUGCUGCGAAAACUAAACUCUCUUGUAAAGAUUUGGGUUCGGAAGGUUUCUGAGUCAAAGCUUCCUCCUGAUAUGUGCGAAAAUGUCGGCGGAAAAUUGUUUACCUUUGGCUCAUAUCGACUAGGAGUACAUGCUAGAGGUGCUGAUAUUGAUACGUUAUGUGUAGCGCCAAGACAUGUUGAUCGUCAGGAUUUCUUUGGAUCGUUCUAUGAUAUGCUUAAAGAAGACGAAAACGUUACUGAUCUUCAUGCAGUGGAAGAUGCAUUCGUUCCUGUAAUUAAGCUUAAAUAUGCUGGUAUUGAGCUUGAUAUCCUCUUCGCGAGAUUAGCCCUUAAGGAAGUGCCAGAUGAUCAGACGUUAAACGAUGACAUGCUUCUGAAAAACCUGGAUGACAAGAGUGUUCGUUCUCUGAACGGUUGUCGAGUAGCAGACGAGAUUCUUCGGUUGGUACCUUAUCCAGAGUCGUUCGCAUUAUGUCUUAGAGCUGUAAAAUUGUGGGCAAAAAAUCACGGCAUUUACUCGAAUGUUUUAGGAUUUCUGGGAGGCGUGACGUGGGCGAUCUUAGUGGCUAGGACAUGCCAGUUAUAUCCUAAUGCUUCGCCAUCAAAACUACUUCUUAAGUUCUUUUUAGUGUUUGUUACAUGGGAGUGGCCUCUACCAGUAGUCUUAAAAGACAUGGAUUCUGCGAAUCGCCCAGACAUUGGAAAUCUCCAAGAACUUGUCUGGGACCCUCGUAUCCGUGGCUCAGACAGGUUCCAUUUGAUGCCUAUUCUUACUCCUGCUUUCCCUGAACAAAACUCCACUUUCAAUGUUACAAAUUCUACAAGAAGUAUCAUGAUCAACGAAAUGAAAGAAGGUCUCGAAAUCAUGAAGGAUAUUUACGAAGGCCGUGCGGAGUGGUCGAAACUUUUCGAAGAAGUGAAUUUCUUCACGAGAUAUAAGCACUUCAUUUCAUUAACUUGUGCAGCCAAGAAUGAGGAAGAUCAUUUGAUAUUUUGUGGAUUUGUUGAGUCAAAGAUCCGGCACCUGAUUGGAGCUCUUGAGAGAAAUCAAGGGAUUUCACUUGCUCAUAUUAAUCCUCGACAGUACAAACCGCUACCAAGUGCAGUGCCACAAUUUGGUCCUGGUUAUGAGAAUCCCGUUUGCACGUUAUGGUUUAUUGGGUUAGAAUUCGACCGUGCUAUGGCAAAAGCGUUUGACCUAACUGUGGAGAUCAGUCAAUUCCACCAUAUUAUCGUUACAACAGGGAUCAAAAUGAAACAGUACAAUGAAUAUAUGAAGGUAGAUUUGCAAUACGUUCGGAGAGCGGAUGUAGGACAGUGGAUCUCCAAAGAAGAUUACAUGCGAGGUCGCCAUGCCGUUAGACGAAGCAUUGUACGAACGUCAUCAGGCACCGGAUCCUCAUCAAACUUGUCUCGGUUGGUGUCGUCUUCAACAGAGAAUUUGGAUGUGUCGGCGAACUCAUCCUCUUCUGAGAAUCAGAAUUCUAUGAACAAUUCUGCAACUGUGGCAAGUUCAGAAUCAGUGGCUAGGAUUUCCUCUACUCCCGAGAUGACAACCCACAUAAAUAGUGUACAAAUCAAAUCUGAGGGAAAAAAAGAGUUAGCGGAUACGCCACUCACACCUGUUUUCUGUGUUGGAGGCGAGGGAGUGAAUCUAGAAGGAGAUAAACACUUGCUCGACAUGUCACCGAUGACGCGAAAGAGAUCGAGCGAGACGGAUUUAGGUCAUGAUAUCCCAAGCAAGAAAUUGUUGCAUGUGAAAUCCGAUAAUGGCCUACCUGUAAUCGCUGGGGAUAGUGCAUCCUAG